AUGGAGAAUCCCUCUACAGCUUCAACUGCAGUAAACCGCACAUCGGAUUUGGGGGUGCGGUAUCUUUCAUGCAACAGCGUCAAUCAAGACGCCAAUGAAUCGUCAACAAUAAGUAGAAGUCGUUCAAGAAAUGCAAUGGAUACUUUUGGCUAUGGUAUACGUACAAAAAUCGGAGCUUGGAACAUUCGAUCCUUGUAUGGCGAAGGAAGAUAUGAACAGCUAGAGCGCAAAAUGCUUUGUCUUAAGAUCAGUAUCCUGGGCAUUAGUGAAACAAAGUGGAGAGGAAGAACUGAAUAUAGAUCUGACACUGGACAAACGAGAAUGCUGUAUUCGGGAGAGGAUGAAAGAGAGAGUGGCCAAAGGCUGCAUGGUGCUGGAAUUAUGUUGAACAAAGUUGCUAGGCGCAGUCUUAUUUCCUGGGCGCCAAUAUCUGAAGGAAUAAUGACUGCAAGGUUCCGCUCAAGAAUUCGCAACAUCACAAUCGUUCAGUGUUAUGCCCCCACAAAUGAAGCGACCGAAAAAGACAAAACCGCGUUCUACACUCAUCUUAACUCGGUUUACAGCAGUGUUCCGAGAGCCGAUAAUCAUAAUCGCUAUGUAAGACCUCAACGUUUAAGUCGGUGCAGACAAUUACGGUCUGGAACGAGUUAUGGGAAAAAAUGGCUGGGGUCACGUAAUGAAAAUGGUGGCAUGCUUGUCGACUUUUGUAACGCAGAUCAUCUUGUAAUUGGUGGGACUGUAUUUAAACAUAAGACGUGCAACAAAGUCACAUGGGUGCUCCCAGAUGGUCAUACCGAAAAUCAAAUUGAAUAUAUCAUGAUUCAGCAGCGAUGGAGGAAGUCUAUGUGUGAUGUCCGAAAUAUAAGAAAUGCCGAUGUGGGAAGCAACCCCCAUUUGGUUGUCAUGAGUCUCAACUUAAAAACCGCGGCUGUAUUAUGA